UUACAGGCACCGAGCCAGCGAAAGCCACCGCAUAAAAACCGGCUCGCGAGUGGAGGAGGAUCAGUAAUCUCUUCCAAAAGCAGCAAUCACCAGAGAAACGACAGGCGUCGGUGUUACUUAAAGCGUUAUAUCGAUUCUAUUUAUUGAUUAAUUUUAUCUUGGUCAAAUCGAGUCACAGGGAUGAGUCGGUUGAAUAUAGAGAUUUUCGUUAUGGCAGCUCUGAGCACGCUGCUCUUGUCCCAGGGGGUCCGGGGCUCGCCUGUUGCAGCGGCACAGGAGCCGAUCCGCUGCGCCCCGUGCUCACAGGAGCGACUGGCCUCGUGCCCUGCAGUGGAUCCCAGUUGUGAGGAGGUUCUCCGCGAGCCGGGCUGCGGUUGCUGCAUGGCGUGCGCAUUGAAGACAGGAGACUCGUGCGGUUUCUACACAGCGCCCUGCGGGUCUGGUUAUCGCUGCCUCCCGAAGCCAGGCGAGAGCCGGCCUCUUCAUGCGCUCAGCCGAGGACAGGGCAUCUGCACCGAAAACACUGCACGUAGCCAGGAGCCACAGACUGCUGAUCCAAGUGAGACAGACGGGCCAGUGGUGUCAGAAACUGGCAACCCCCUUUUCCUUUCCGGCCACGGAAAGCCUAUCGACCCACGGCUGGCUGCCGAAGCGCAAGAGAGUAUGAAAGCCAAAGUGAACGCCAUUAUAAGGAAACUAGUCGAGCAGGGCCCGUGUCAUGUGGAAUUACAAACAGCACUUGAGAAGAUCUCCAAGUCCCAGCAGAAGUUGGGGGACAAGCUCACCCGAUUUUAUCUACCUAACUGUGAAAAACAGGGACGCUACAAAGCCAAACAGUGUGAGUCAUCACUGGACGGUACGAGGGGGACGUGCUGGUGUGUGUCACCCUGGACCGGAAAGAGGAUUUUUGGGAGUAGCGACCUUCCGGAAGAUUCCGAGUGCCCUCUGGAGCAGAAUCAAUGAUGCACACCCUUCUAUCAUGCAUCACUACUGACGUCUUUCUUUUAAAAGCCUUAUUUAUUGUCUACAUUAUGGGGGUCUGUAAUUCAGGUACAUGCGCUGUUAUCGUGGGUAACAUGUUCCACUGAAAGAAAAGAAAUCUAUUUUUUUUUUCCAUGAAGGGAAAACUAUGAUAUUUCUAUGUAUUUACAUGCACUAUAUAAUCUUAUUUAUUUUCAGCCCUGUGUAUUCGUACUGAUAUUGGAUAUUUUUAACAUCUUGCCAUAUUGUAAUUUUUUAUUUUAUGUUUUGUAAUUGUUAUUAUUAUUAUUAUUAUUAUUAUGGUAUGUUUGUUAUGUUUUGAGGUGUGUGAGGGGGUAGAGGAAUCACUGUGACCAAACUUCUCUGAUCUUCCUCUCUCUCUCACACACGCUCACACAAAUACACUGCAUGUCGCAUUUGGGCGGCGGUUUACUGUUAUUUUGCUGUUUCUGUUGUGUACUUGUUUUAUUGGAUUUGUUUUUGUGCACUGACUGAUUUGGUUUGUGGCACUGAUAUGUAUGUGUGUUUGGGGGAAACUAUCCAGCACAUGUACUCCUACUCUGGUUGCCUUCACCUUAAAUAGGAGAGGGCAUGACUGACCUGAGAACAGCUGCAUUGUGGAUAAAGGCAGGAGUCUGGGGGUGACAUCACACUAACUCCCAGAUCCUGGGUCAGGUCUGAAUGUUUGAACUACCUCAUAGUAUCAAGAUAUGCAUGCGAUAUGUCUGAGUGUUUGUGUGUCUGUGUCUCUCUGUGUGUAUGCAUAGAAGAAGAGAAUGUGUGUUUAGUUUUGAAUGUAUUGUUCAUGUGGUUUAAGUGCGAGUCUAUCUUAAUGUCAGUUUCUUGAAUUCCAAAGGACUGUUCAUUCAUGUAUACUGUAUACUACUAUUUUGUAAUUUCUUUUGGCAUAAACAUAUCUAUAUAUUUAAUAAAAUAUUUAAUCAGA